AUCUUCUUCUUCUUCUUUUGUUACUACUAUUUUUUUCAUUAGCAUCAUCUCAAAAAAACCAAAACAUAAGCUUAGGCUCCACCAUCUCCACCUCUGGCACAACCACUUCUUGGUUGUCUCCUUCCGGUAACUUCGCUUUUGGCUUCCUCCCUCUCCCCACCAACACCUCCUUGUUUAUUCUCGCAAUAUAUUUCACUAAAACCAAUGAAAAGACCAUAGUUUGGUACCUCAAAGAUAUCAACUCCCCACUCCUCUCAGACUCCAAACUUCAUCUCACAUCUGAUGGCCAACUUCUCCUUACUAACCUCAAUAACAAAACUUUAUGGAAUCCCUUCCCCUCUAGUGGCUCCUCUUAUGCCGCCAUGCUUGACACUGGCAACCUUAUCCUUGCCGCAGCAGACUCAACCCCAAACUGGCAGAGCUUUGAUUUCCCCACCGACACGAUCAUUCCAACCCAAUCCCUCUACAAGAACAACAAACUCCGGUCUCACCUCUAUGACGAUAACUACACCUAUGGCCGCUUCGAGCUCUUGAUGCAACUUGAUGGUAAUCUGGUCUUAUAUCCAUUAGCUCUCCUCACUGACUCUGCCAACAACUAUGCUGCAUACUGGGCCACGAUGACAGUUGGCUCCGGCAAUCACCUAAUGUUUGAUAUCUCAGGCACUCUCUACCUCGAGCUAGAGAACAAAACUCAUAUCAAUGUUACUGCGAGCAAUCUCUCCACUGAUGAGUUCUACCAGCGAGUUACACUCGACACAGAUGGCGGUCUCCGGCACUAUGUCCACCCGAAGGACCCGCCCAAGAAUAGCUCUUGGAAGAAUGAGUGGACUGUGAUUGCAACUGUGCCAACUGACAUUUGCCAGAGACUCAGCGGUGACACUGGAUCAGGAGCAUGUGGGUUCAAUAGUUAUUGUCAGCUUGAUCAGAACCUUUAUCGGAGCUGCAAGUGUCCACCCUCCUUCUCUUUUGUUGAUACAGAUGACAUGUAUAAAGGAUGCAAGCCAGAUUUUGUGGCUCCAAGUUGUGGUGAUGGUGGUGGUGUUAAUCAAGUUUAUGACCUCAUAGAGAUGGCGAACACUGAUUGGCCUGACUCUAAUUAUGAGUAUUAUGCAUCUUUUGAUGAGGAUCAGUGCCGGAAUAACUGUCUCAAUGAUUGUUUCUGUGCAGUUGCCAUUUUUAGAGGCACUGAUUGCUGGAAGAAGAGGUUACCGCUAUCUAAUGGGAGGAUAGGGAAUGAUAUUGGAGGGAAGGCACUUAUCAAGAUUGGCACUACAAAUUCAUCUACUUUAGAUUCAGUGAGGCAACAGAUUGAGGAUAAAGGGAAAGGUCGAAAGGUUUGGUUAGUUGUUGGUUUGUCAUCUCUAAUCGUUUCUUUGUUCAUCUUGCUUGGCUCCAUUAUGGUUGUGGUGAUGGUGCUUUCUUCUUGUUCUUCUUCUAACUAUAAGAAAAUUCAGGUGGACUCGAACAUCACUAGGUCCACACUAAGAUGUUUCACUUAUAAAGAGCUUGAAGAGGCAACUAAUGGUUUUAGGAAAGAGCUUGGUAGUGGAGCUUUUGGAACUGUUUAUGAGGGCUUCUUACCACCAAAUCCCAAGACUUGUGUUGCAGUGAAGAAACUUGAGAACAUGUUAAAGGAAAAGGAGAAGGAAUUCAUGGCUGAAGUCCAAUCCAUAGGCCAAACACAUCACAAGAACUUGGUUCGCUUGUUUGGGUAUUGUGACGAAGGUACUAACCGCCUCUUGGUGUAUGAGUUCAUGAGUAAUGGCUCACUAACAAAUUUUCUUUUCGGAGAAGGAAGGCCAAGUUGGAAUAAGAGAGUAGAAAUAACGUUGGGGAUUGCAAGAGGCCUCUUAUAUUUGCACGAAGAGUGUAGUACUUCUAUCAUCCAUUGCGAUAUUAAAUUACAGAACAUACUUUUGGAUGAUGAACUCACAGCAAGAAUCUCUGACUUCGGAUUAGCAAAGCUCCUCAAGGCAGAUCAAACCAGGACAAACACGGGGAUUAGAGGAACUAAAGGUUAUGUGGCACCAGAAUGGUUUCGAAAUGUGGCUAUUACUACAAAGGUUGAUGUCUACAGCUUUGGAGUCAUGCUAUUAGAAAUAAUAUGUUGCCGUAAGAAUUUAGAGCUUGAGCUUAACAAUGAAGAUGAGACUGUGCUCGUUUAUUGGGCUUAUGAUUGCUAUAAAGAAGGAAGGAUGAACAUAUUGAUUGGCAAUGAUGAAGAGGCAGCGGUUAAUUUUGAGGAUUUCUUAAGACUUCUCAUGGUGGCCAUUUGGUGCAUCCAAGAGGAUCCUUCUCAAAGGCCAACAAUGAGAAGGGUGAACCAAAUGUUGGAUUGCACUAUUGUUGCCCCUCCUCCUCCUGACCCUUUCUUUAAUAAGGUUCCUAAUACUUAAGCUUGCUAUGAACCACCGGUGGGCAAGUAAGUCUAAAAACAUGAGUUAAAUCACCCUUGACUAUUGGCCUUCUUCAGUUCAAAAAGUUUAAGCCAGUUCUGGCUACCACAGUUGGGAGUGUGUGCUUGGGUAUAUUUGCAAGCAUCAGGGGCUCCAAUCAAGCUAUAAUAAGGUGCAUUACACCAUCCCUAAUGAGGAAGGUAUACAAUUUGUGGUUGAAAAUAAUAAAGAUUUGAAAGUAUAAUUGUAUGACAUCCUUCAAGUCGACCAAGUUUACAAUAAUAGUAUAGUUGAUAUAUAUGUCAGUGACUUUAAUCA